AUGGAUGAAAAUAAAGAAACUGAUUCAAAAUAUAGUGGAGAAUAUGAAGAUGACUUUGAAAAGGACCUGGAAUGGUUGAUUAAUGAAAAAGAAAAAAGUGGUGCCAGCAUAAUAGAGAAGGUUUGUGGGAAUGAAGAGAAUAUUAACCAAGGCUUAAAAGAGAAUGAAACAGAAAUAGAACAUUCCAAGCAGCUUUCUGAUCCUGACAGAUCUUUCAAGGAUGAGGUUUCAUCAAGAAGAAAUGACUUCAUUUCUGUACCAAGUAUUCAAACUUUGGAUCCCAUAUCAGAUUCAGACAGUGAAAACUCUUUACAGGAAUCCAAACUAGAAAGCCAGCAAGACCUGGAGGAGGAAGAGGAUGAGGAAGUAAGGAGAUAUAUUAUGGAGAAAAUUAUACAAGCCAACAAGCUUCUACAAAAUCAAGAACCCGUGAAUGAUAAAAGGGAAAGAAAACUUAAAUUCAAAGACAAAUUAGUUGAUUUGGAAGUUCCUCCUCUGGAAGACACUGAUACUUACAAAAAUUACCUUGAAAAUGAAAGUAACGUGUCUGGAAAACUGUCUCAGUUAUGUAUUUCCAAUGAAUUUGCACAAGAAAAUGAGCUCCUGUCCCCUACUGAUGGAAAUUCUGAAGAAAACAAGGAUAGGAAAAUACUAGUAGAGAGAGAUGGAAAGUUUGAACUUAUGAAUUUACAAGAUAUUGAGAGUCAGGGAUUUUUGCCCCCCAUUAAUAAUGCUAAUUAUACAGAAAAUGAGCCUCAGCAGUUGUCACCCAGAUCUCCCAAUUUAUCUGUCAGUGGAGUCAAGAAAGAAGAGCCAAUAGCAAAAAUUCAUGCUUUUGCUCACUCAUCAACAGAAGAGCAACUGGCUUAUAUCCCUCAGCCACCACCCAACCCCAAGACUCAUCCAGGUUCUGCUGCCAACUCAGAUCGAAGUAAGGGGAAUGGAAAAUCUAGUCAUAGGACACGGUCUGCAGAUAUAUCUCCAGUGACCUCAACAUACUGUCUCUCUCCUCAACAGAAAGAACUGCAAAAACGACUAGAACAAAAGAGAGAAAAGCUAAAGAGAGAGGAAGAACAAAGGAAAAUAGAAGAAGAGAAAGAAAAGAAAAAAGAGAAUGACAUGGUGUUUAAAGCAUGGUUGCAGAAGAAGAGAGAGCAGGUCCUAGAAAUGAGGAGAAUUCAGCGAGCAAAGCAAAUUGAAGACAUGAACAGUAGAGAAAACAGAGAUCCACAGCAAGCUUUUCGAUUAUGGCUUAAAAAAAAGCACGAAGAACAGUUGAAAGAAAGAAAGACAGAAGAACUGCGAAAGCAAGAGGAAUGCUUAUUCUUCCUUAAAGGAACAGAAGGCCGUGAAAGGGCCUUUAAACAAUGGCUAAGAAGGAAACGGAUAGAAAAACUAGAAGAGCAGCAAGCUGUCAAAGAAAGAACUAGACAGCUCCGACUGGAAGCAAAGCGUUCUAAACAGUUACAGUACCACCUAUAUAAUAUGUCAGAAGCCAAAUCUUUCCGUUUUACUGAUCAUUACAGCUGAAGGUAUCUAUUAAAUACUUCAUUUGGAAGCUGCUGUCCUCAAAAUUUUGGAUAUCAUUUCUUAUGGCCUGUGUGCUUUGGUCAUACUCUAAAUUAUGGAAAUGCUAUUUAUCUU